AUGGCAAUAAGCUUUUUUGAUCAAUUUGCAAGCUCCUCCUACUUAGGUAUCCCUUUAAUUGCCAUUGCAAUUGCUCUCCCAUGGGUAUUGUAUCCUACUUCCACCUCUCGAUGGGUGAAUAACCGUCUUAUCACAAUUCAGGGGUGAUUCGUAAACCAAUUCACUAGCCAACUUAUAAUACCAUUAAAUUUAGGGGGUCAUAAAUGAGCACUCCUUAUAGCCUCUUUAAUAAUCUUUUUGAUUACCAUUAAUAUACUUGGACUUUUACCAUAUACUUUUACCCCUACAACACAACUGUCUCUUAAUAUAGGAUUUGCUGUGCCACUAUGACUCGCCACAGUUAUUAUUGGCAUGCGCAACCAGCCAACAGUAGCCUUAGGACAUCUACUGCCAGAAGGCACGCCCAUCCCUUUAAUCCCCGUACUAAUCAUUAUUGAGACAAUUAGCCUUUUUAUUCGACCCCUAGCCCUCGGUGUCCGGCUAACAGCCAAUCUUACCGCAGGUCAUCUACUUAUUCAACUCAUUGCCACCGCCGUGUUUGUUCUUCUCCCAAUAAUGCCUACGGUAGCAAUUAUUACAGCUGCCGUCUUAUUCCUCCUUACAUUACUAGAAGUUGCAGUCGCAAUAAUCCAAGCUUACGUAUUUGUACUCCUUCUCAGUCUGUAUCUCCAAGAGAACGUUUAA